GAAUGUUUUGGUCGGCGUCGGCAUUUUUUCAGUGGCUGUGGCAAAAACACUACCAUACACCAAUCAGCCACCCGCAAGCGACGCAUCGAUUUCCCAGCUCGACUUCGUCUAUCGAAAUAAUGCACCAGCGGAACGAUUCUUGAACGGACGGUUUCAGUUUGCUGCGAAUAAAAUGUUGACCACCGAGUUUGUCCAGCUGGUGCUACUGUUCGGCUCCGGCUCCAUAUUCUUCCUGUUCGUUGUGCUCGGAAUAGUGCUUAAAGUAACGACGACACCGUUCCCAAAAAUUGUACGCCACAGAGAUGAAGAGUACUACAAAGAUCCGGCGUCGGGCGAUAGCCGACUGUUUGCUUCGCUGGAGGACGUACCGACGCUCAAGCUGAGCGUGAUCGUGCCCGCAUUUGAUGAGGAAAAGAGACUGCCCGCUAUGCUGGACGAGUGCCUAGAAUAUCUGGAGGCGCGUGUCGAAGUGGAAAAAGAUUUCACCUACGAGGUGAUCGUCGUAAGUGACGGUAGUCGCGAUCGUACCGUAAAAGUUGCAAUGGAGUACGUCGAUCGGUUCGGGUCGGAAAAAGUGCGUGUACUGAAGCUCAUCGAAAACCGUGGCAAGGGUGGUGCUGUGCGGCUCGGAAUGCUAAGCAGCCGCGGACAGUUUCUGCUCUUUGCCGAUGCCGAUGGUGCGACCAAGUUUGCCGACUAUGAGAAGCUUGAACGAUCCAUGCGCGAGAUGACGGGAUCCGAUUGGAAGCGUGACGCACUGGCGAUCGGGUCACGGGCCCACCUCGAAGAGGAAGCGACCGCAAAACGUACCAUCUUCCGUACGAUUCUGAUGCACGGGUUUCACUUUCUCGUGUGGACGUUUGCGGUCAAAAAGAUACGGGAUACGCAGUGUGGAUUUAAGCUAGUUACGCGUUCCGCUGCCCGCAAACUGUUCCAGGUGAUGCACGUCGAACGGUGGGCGUUCGAUGUGGAACUGCUGUUCAUUGCCCAAUCGUACAACAUUCCGAUUGCGGAGGUCGCCGUGAACUGGACGGAGAUCGAGGGUUCGAAGCUGACACCGUUCUGGUCCUGGUUGCAGAUGGGGCGGGAUUUGAUGUUGAUCUGGUUCCGGUACGCGAUCGGUGCGUGGCAGCUGCGCAAAGAACAUGCGAAUUGAACAGCAAAAGGGGGGUUUUAGGAUUUUUAAGGAAGCAUUUUCUUUUGGCGCUAGGUUAGUUUUUGCACUGCAACACCGAAUGAUCUAAAUGUAGUCGUAGAUAAAACGGAAGAAAUAAACGUAAGCAGAAAUCGUUGCUUCUGUAAGCAUCCUUUCCCGGAUCCUGUUUCCGAA